CAGCCUUCACCACCCACGCCCACACCCCCACCGCCGCCCCUCGCUGGCACGACGCCACCCACCAGGUGAGGCCCAACAACUCCCACCAACCAUCGUCCUCACACACAGUGGGAACUACGACGGGCGAACACCUAGUGUCUGACAAGCUGACGUGGGCGUAGCAACUUCGUACACCAAAAUAGUUUCUCAGACUUAGUUGAGAUGCACCCGCUCAGCAGCAAGUCCAGGGAGCAGCAGCAACAGCAGCAAAUGCCGCCGCCCGUCCCUCCUUUCUCACGCCCACGGCCCUCAUACCCGCCCAUACAUGAGCACGAGUACGAGGACGAGUGGGGGUAUGGAGGAGGACGUGAGAGAUACCACGCCCACCAGGUGGCCAUGCGCGCCUGCUACGACCUCUGGCGCCGCCACUACAGCGAGACGCCCGCAGACCCCGCCCAGAACCCCGCCCCCAACAGCCACCACACUGGCGCCCCAGCUGACAUCCUGAAAGUGGAUUACGUCGACUUCCGACCUCAAGAGAACGCCAAAGACCACCGGACCUUCCAGUACGACCUGGUUCAGGACCUCGACCGUUCCACCCCGGUCCUCCGCAGGGGACAAGCCUUCCACCUCUCCCUGGUGACGCGGGAGAGGGAGUUCGACUGCACGCGGGACCAGCUGUACCUCAACUUCUACUUCGGGCCCCAACCUUCCGUGCCCAAGAGGACGAGGGUGGUGCUCCCGGUCACCAUCCAGAAGGAGUUCACCCGCACCCCUCAGAAGUGGGACGUCCGCAUCCAGGCUCAAGAGGGCCACACCCUCACACUCCAGGUACACAUCCCAGUGACGUGUCAGGUGGGAGUGUGGCGCUGUGUGGUGGAGACGGCCACCAAGAACUACCCGAAGAACAGGAUCCAGUACCGAGCCCCAGAGGAUGUCUUCGUCAUCUUUAACCCCUUCUCCAGAGAUGACGCAGUCUACCUGGAGAACGAGGCCCAGAGGACGGAGUAUGUGCUGACGGAGAGCGGGAAGGUGUACCGUGGGGGCUCCCGCUACACACACGGGCGCCCUUGGGUCUACGGUCAGUUCGACGACUGCGUCUUGCCCGUCGUCUGCCUCCUGCUGGAGCGGUCAGGCCUCGCCCACACCGAGAGGGGCAACCCCAUCAAGGUCGCCCAGGCCCUCUGCUCUAUGAUCCAAGCGUCUCGCAAUCGCAGAGACCACGAGAACGAUGCUCGGGCUGGCCUCUUGGAGCCCCACUACGAGGACGAGUAUCGCGGGGGUCAAAACCCCCACCUGUGGACAGGCUCAGUCAAGAUCAUCCAGGAGUUCCUCUUUAACGGUGCCAACCCCGUCAAGUAUGGUCACUGCUGGGUGAUGGCCUGCCUUAUGACGACGGUGUGCCGUGCCCUGGGUAUGCCUGCCCGCCCCACCACCGCCCUUACCUCCGCCCACGAGACGCAGGAGACGCUCACCAUCGACCGAUACAUCGAUCGCUUCGGUGACCUCAUCGAGCGUGGACCUGGACGCGACCAGCCCGACUCCCUGUGGGCCUUCCAUACCUGGUGCGACGUCUGGAUGGUCCGUCCAGACCUGCCAUCUGGGUACUCCGGGUGGCAGACCACAGACCCAGCCCGCGCCUACCGCUACAAGUUGUGGAGCGGGUGCGGCCCCUCCUCGACGGAGGCUGUGAAGAGGGGCGAUGUUGGCUUCUCCCACGACACCAGCGCCAUCUUCUCGGCCCUUAACUCCUUCGUCAGAUAUUACUACGAGGACGACGACUCCGAGUGGGGCUACAGCCCUUACAUGCAGCACAGGCUGCCUGUGUGUCGGUCGGUGGUGACGAAGGCUGUGGGUCGCCAUGAUGACGACGGUGACGCCGACUGUGAGGACGUCACCAAGAUCUACCGUGACCUGGAGCGUUCAGAGCCUGAGAGGUUCACAGUCUUCAACGCGUGCAGAGGCGUGAGGAAGGACCACGUCUACUACCACUACCAGGACCAGGGCAGCUAUGAUGUGGAGUUCGUGCUGGAGGAACCGAAGCAGGUGACCGCCGGCCAGAGUAUUAACGUCGUCCUGCAGGUCCACAACAACACCUCGGAGACCCGCACCGUGCAGGCCAACGUCUCCACCAGGAGCGCCUUCUACACCGGGGUGUUGGGGUCACACCUGAAGAGGGUGACGGGCCAGUUCACCCUCGCCGGGGGCCAGAAGGACACCCUCACCCUCAAGCUGGACGCCUCAGAGUACCAGGACCGCCUCGUCGACAUGGGCUUCAUCAAGGUCACCGCCUCGGGUCAUGUCUCCGAGAGCAAACAGUCCUACGUCGACGAGUUCGACUUCCAGUUUGAGAAGCCAAGGAUGAGCAUCGAGGUGCCAGAGUGCCAGGUUGGGCAGGAGUGCAAGGCCACCUUCACCUUCAGCAACCCGCUCGACGUGGCCCUCACCGACUGCUUCUUCAGCAUGGAGAUCGGGGGCGCCUACCGGCCCAGGACCGUGAGGGUGACUCGGGAGGUCCGGCCGAGGGAGACCUUCACCUACAGCUACACCUUCGUGGCCCGCAGGUCAGGAGACCACCGCUUGGUCGCCUCCUUCGCCUCCCGCCAGCUGCACGACGUCACUGGCUCCCGCAAGUUAACCAUCCGGGACUAGAAUUGCUUCGCUUUGUUAUUGGUUCCUGGGCGUUGCCAUAAUUGACUGCACGAUUCAGCAAUAUAGAUGAAAACAGGUGAUCAAACAUAUGAUAGCCUUGAAGAUCAGCUUUUCACUGGUACGGAGUCGGGGUAUACUGAAGCCGACGGCUAUCUGAGUCACUAUAAUGACGCUCACAAUGCAAUAUGCCCUCCGCCUGCAAUACUACUUGUAUAAAACAACUAACCAAUAACAUACGGUUACCCUGGCAACAAGUGCAGCUGACUAUAUUGCUCUCCAUAUUGACCCAGACGACGACUGUACGCUAGUUCCCGGACAUGGACGGUCUGGGCGGAGUUCCCGCCCAGUCACACCGCGUAGAAAACGGCAAGUGUCUAGAGCAGCCUCGGCUUUUGCAAAUAAAAAAUCAAGUAAAACCAGAAAAAAUAAAUCUUAAAAGCUUGGAGAUAUGGCUAUGUGGACGUUCAUCUUGUGCACAUGUCUAAACACAAGGGAAUUAUAUAAGAACAGCAAGGGAGUGGCCUGAAAACUGCUGUAUUUCAUAUCUAAUUUUCUUCCAAACCUUAGAGGCGUAACCUUCCCACCAGCCCCCAUAUCUCUGAUUGAAGAUAACAAAACCUAUUAUGUUAAGUCUUGGUGUUUGUCGUAGUAAGACUAUGGUUGUGGGUCACUAGUUUUGUCUUACGGUAAUAGAAGUAAUUGUUGAACGGAACACAAAUAUACAACCAUUGUAAUAGCCUGAGAGCCUAUUGUGUUUUCCCUGGCCCGAGUUACUAUAUGCUUCUGCUUCACUUGUCAUGAAGAUGACGCCAAAGUGAUCUUGAGAUGGAGUGUAAAAAUAGAUAAUCCAAUAAACAUCUGGAGCAAUC